AGACUUUUCGUGUUCCUUCACGCGUCUCAUAAUGCGGUUUCAGGUUACGUGAUUGGAACAAAACUUCGUGUUCUGCUGGGGGUUUCGGAAGGAUUUGUUAUCCUUAACCUUCUUUGGGAGGAUAUUGCGGGAUUGGAAUUUCAGAAGAAGGCCCUACAGGAAGCUGUUAUUUUACCAAUGCUGAGACCUGAUUUGUUUACCGGACUCCGCGGCCCGCCCAAAGGUCUACUGCUUUUUGGGCCACCAGGAACUGGGAAGACACUUAUUGGCAAGUGUGUGGCUUCACAGAGCAAUUCCACCUUCUUCAGUAUCAGCGCUUCUUCUCUCACCUCUAAAUGGGUAGGCGAGGGUGAGAAAAUGGUUCGUGCGCUGUUUGCCGUGGCCCGCGUGCAUCAACCUGCUGUAAUUUUUAUUGACGAGGUUGACUCGUUACUCACGCAGCGCUCAGAAACGGAGCAUGAGUCCAGUAGACGAAUUAAGACAGAAUUUCUUGUUCAGUUGGAUGGGGUUGCCACAAGUGCUGAGGAACGACUUCUUUUUAUCGGUGCAACAAACAGACCUCAAGAGCUAGAUGAAGCAGCACGCCGGCGUUUUGUUAAGCGUCUUUAUAUCCCACUUCCCACCUGGGAGGCACGUAAACAGAUUGUGCAACAUCUUCUCCGAAAUCAAAACCACCCAGCUCAACGAACACUUCAUACAGGUUAUUCUGGAGCAGAUGUGGCGAAUCUUUGUCGCGAAGCUGCUAUGGGUCCCAUACGUUCACUGACGCUCGAAGCCAUACAAGCUAUUUCCCUUGACGAGGUCAGACCGGUGGAGCUGUCGGACUUCCAGGCUGCAUUCAGCCAGGUUCGAGCGAGCGUCUCGUCCGGUGACCUAGAAUGCUAUUUAAAGUGGAACAAACAGUACGGAAGUUUCGAUGCCAUUUGA